GCCGAGGGUCUGCCGGCAUGGGCAGCUCGUAGCCCCGCUCCUCGCCCCGCCGCAGCACCCAGCGCCGCCCGAUCAAAAAUGACUGUCAAAGCUGUAAAAAUGCCGUGCACCACUCCAAAUGUUUAUACUAAAGUGCCUGACGGAGGAUGGGGCUGGGCAAUUGCUGUGGCUUUCUUCUUUGUGGAAGCUCUUACAUAUGGCGUUAUAAAAUCAUUUGGAGUUUUCUUCAACGACCUGAUGGAAAGCUUUGAUGAAACCAACAGCAGGAUAUCGUGGAUAAUAUCCAUCUGUGUGUUUGUGCAGACUUUCACAGCUCCUCUGUCGACGGUGCUCAGCAACCGCUUCGGUCACCGCUUUGUCGUGAUGGCUGGAGGGGUGCUGGUCAGCACGGGCAUGAUCACAGCCUCCUUUGCCCACAGUGUCGUUCACAUGUACAUCACCAUCGGCAUCAUUUCUGGCCUCGGGUACUGCCUCUCUUUCCUCCCGACUGUCACCAUUUUAUCACAGUAUUUUGACAAAAGACGUUCGCUGGUCACAGCAGUGGCAUCUACAGGGGAAUGUUUUGCUGUCUUCCUCUUUGCACCAGUAAACACCCAUUUGAAGGAGCAGAUCGGCUGGAGAUACAGCCUCCUUUUUGUUGGGGCACUGCAGCUGAGCAUUGUCAUCUGUGGAUCGCUGCUGCGACCCAUGAUAAUCAGAGAGCAAGAAGAAGCAGCAGUGAAGGCGCAGCCUCCAGAAGAGCCUGCAGAGACAAAGUACAUGCUUGAAAACGAGCAAACACGCACCUCAAUAGAGUCCAUUGACUCAGGAGUAGAAAUAACUACCUCACCCAAAAAUGUGCCUGGAAACACCAAAGCAGAGCCGAAAAGUGACGAACCAAAGGACCAUGUACAGAUAAUUGUUGAAAAUAACAGCACCCCUACAGAACCAAAAACCAAACUACUGGACUUCUCUGUGAUGAGAGACUAUAGCUUUAUCUGUUAUGCAUUCUUUGGCCUGUUUGCUACCCUGGGAUUCUUCGCUCCCUCCCUGUAUGUCAUUCCCCUGAGCCGCAGCCUUGGCAUCAGCAAAGACCAUUCUGCAUACAUACUGUCUGCAAUGGCAAUUGCAGAGGUCUUGGGCAGAAUUUCAGCUGGCUGGGUGCUCAACAAAGAGCCUAUCCGCAAGAUCCACAUCGAACUCAUCUGUGUCGUUCUGCUGUCCGUAGCACUGUUUGCCUUCCCUUUUGCCUCUGAAUUCUGGGGGUUGAUGACAUGUAGCAUAUUUUUUGGGUUCAUGCUCGGAACAGUAGCGGGCACACACAUCCCACUGCUGGCAGAAGAUGACGUGGUUGGCAUUGCAAGAAUGUCUUCUGCAGCUGGAGUCUAUGUCUUCAUUCAGAGCUUCUCUGGGUUGGCUGGGCCACCCCUUGCAGGUGUCAUAGUGGACAGAACACAAAACUACAGCUCAGCCUUCUACUCCUGUGCUGCUGGCACGGUCAUGGGUGCUGUGUUUCUGUCCUUGGUGAGACCGUGCAAGGUUGGGAUGUGCCACCAGCAGCCACGGGGCGCAGAGGGAAGCGUGGUGGAAGGCACACAGGACUCACCAGAGGACUUCAUAGACAUGGACAUUGGGAAGGCAGAUCAUUCAGGAAAAGGCUCUGACAGCGUGGCUUAAAAACCACUCCUCUACCAAGCAUCCUUGGUGUAAGACUACGGAAAAUGUCAACUCUGCUCCACAUUUUAAAACUACAUUCUGAAGGGAAUGUGAAAUUUUAAAUGUGAACAGAACAGUUGCUAUCAACAACUUUUUUUUUUUUUUAUUCUUAGAAAAAACUUUUUUUAAAACCAACUGAAAGCUCCAUAGAAAGCCACAAAAGAGCAGCUCCUGCCUAGCAUGAAGAUGUGAUGCACACUCCUGCUUUCCAGUACCACCUGUAGCUGAAGUCUUGACCAAUUCCAUGUGAAAAACUGAAGAGCAGAACCAGCCCAUGCAGCUCAAGCCAGCGGAGCAGUCUGACUGUCUCCAUCCCAUGCUGCAAGCCCUGUGCAGUCCAGAAACCAAUUACACUAACGAGAGAAGAGUAUUUCAUGCAAUACCAGUAGCCAACUGCAUUUUCUUGCAGAAGAAUAUGAACUGAUGUUUCAGAUUUGAGGAGGAGGCCAGGCUGGAUAGCGGCUUAAAACAUUGCAAUUAUUCUUCUAAUUAACUUGAAUGUCACAAAUGCUGGGAAAUUGGAGGUUCCAUAUGUCUUUAUGGCCAGUUAUUACUGCACAUGUAUCACAAUAAGGUCAUUUUUCUUCUCCUGAUUGAUUUUUUUUUUUUUUUUUUUUCUUAACUAUUUUCUAUUCGUUUUCUGUUUAUAAUUUAACUAUUUAUUAAUUUAUUCUGAUAGUUAAAGGACAUUAUUUUAAAUAACUGGAGAGGAAAAAUUAUCUUCUGCAUAGUGGGAAGCUGUCUUUACGUUAGUCUCUUCAAUACCUAUAUUGUAUUGCUCGCUUGUGAAAUCAUUAGGAAACUUAAUUUUACAGCGUAGUUGUUUUUAAUAGGUAGCUCUUAGGUAGCCCAAUUAUUUAAAAGAUGACGAUGGAUAAUAAUAAUAAACUACAGAUUCAGCAUCUCUUUCUGUAAGGCCUCAGCUGCUGGCAGCAGAUCUGGCUGCGCUGCCACGACCAGAUCGCUGCGCAGGGAAGAUCCGGCCCAGCAUGUCUUCAGCCAUGUCUGAAUGUACCCCAAAAUUUCCCCUCUAGGGGCACAGAGCUCUGUGCCACAUCACUGAGCAAAGGCAGGUUGGUGCCAGCAGCGCCCCUUCCUCCCACACUCAGUGAGAGGCUCUUUGCUGCUGCCUUCAGGGAGAAACGAACUGGAGCCCGUGUGCAUUUAAUCUGUGAAAGGGAGUGCGAGACAAAGUAGUGGCUGUUCAUGUAGUCUUAGUGGGAGAGGCUCCCGCUCACGGUGACACAAGCUUGCUUACCCCACCUAUAUGCAUCUUAAUGCCUCUAGGCAACUCAGGGGGAUCGAUAAAACAAGUCUGCUUCGGUUCGAUGCUUUGGAAAAAAAAGCAUUUCUGUGCAUUUAAGUGGAAGUGGCAUCAUGCAUUAACUGCUACACUGACACGUCUGUGCGUUCUACCAGCCAUAGAUAUGUGGGACAAUCUGUUAAACUCCUCUUUGGGAAGGUGCUUGAUUUGUUUUUCUGUCUUAGAUGUCCAAAAAUGAGACAGGCACUCGUGCAACCAGUUGGCUGCAGCAGCCCAUUGCCAUUGCCUGGCAGCUGUCACGUCCACGCUGCAUCUCGUGUCCUUUCUGUGCCUCAGCACUUUAUCAUCCCCAGCAGAACCUCACGCCAAGGACUGGAAGACCCCUCACAGAGGACUCAUGCAUUGUGAGUCAGUGAGUCAAUGAUCAAAUGUGUCGCGUUUCGAUGUGCUUUUAUUUAUUGUUAAUUUAUGAUACUUCAAGCACGUUGGUAAAUGUUCUGUAGCCUAUAAUUGUAAGGUUAUUGAAGUCUUUGUAAUACGAGACCUCACUACAGCACUUUGCUAUUACAACUCUGCUUGAAAGUGGAAUAAGGCCUCCAGGUUCUGUGUGUGUGUGUGGAAGCUCUCCGUUCUGCAGAUUUACGAGGUUCUACUGUAUUAUUAUUAUUGUUUGUUUGUUUGUUUGUUUUUUACAACCGUUUCCAAUACAGCUCAAAUCCUACAUUUGUCACUGACCUCACAGCACGUUUCUGUCCUGGCUCCAGCAGGGCAGCACGGCUGUGCCGGCCCAGCAGGUGCCAACGAGCUCAAAGCAGGAUUUACUGAUUUGUUUGUAAUGUAUCUACUGGUCUCUGGAAAUACUCUAAACACUGAGUUUUUUGCAAUAAACUUAUUUGUUUUUUUUUAA